AUGAUCGAUGGUUUGGACGACAAUAUCACUGAAGAUUCGGACGAAGAGAUGAGCGAAGAUUCGGACGAAGAUAUGACUGAAGAUUCAGACGAUGAUAUGACGGAAGAUUCGGACGACGAUGAAUCUGGAUCUAAUCGGCUCAAUUUCCGGAUUAAACUUUGGCGAACUCUUGGUUAUGGAGAAGGACAUCUUAUUCAUGAAGGGUUCGAGCAUAUGUGGCAGACCAAUAUGGAAACUGAGAUAAUUGGUUGGCCUGUAUUGCCCAUAUCAGUGUUCCAUGAUCCAGGAGCCUAUUUCACAACCGCUGGCUGGCUCUGUGAUAGUCGAAGGCAGUAA